UAAAUCAACAAUGUUGAUGUGGUUGUUUUGAAUUCUUCCGGUUUUUUUUGAUAGAUUUUUAUUUAUUUAUUUAUUAAAUUGGUUAAUUGUUGUGGUUUGGAUUAGAGUUAAUGGUUAUCAUGGAGAAGGAGCAUCAGGAGAGAAGAGAGAAAUUAGUAAUCUACAAUUCAAUUUCUCGAAAAAAGGAGAAAUUUAUCACUCAAAAAUCAGGACUGAUACUUUGGUAUAAUUGUGGACCUACUGUUUAUGAUUCUUCUCAUAUGGGCCAUGCUCGUUCGUAUAUAUCGUUAGAUAUAAUUAGGCGGAUAUUGGCUCAUUAUUUUGGUUACCGUAUUGAUUAUGUCAUGAAUAUAACAGAUAUUGAUGAUAAGAUUAUUAGAAAAGCUCGUCAACUUUAUCUAUUUGAUACGUACAAAUCAGAAGUGACCUGUGGUAAUCAUAGUGCCUCAGCAUUUGAUGAAGAUAUUAAGAAAGCCAUUGCUGCUUACGAAACUAAAUACACCAAAGAAGAUGAUCCAGAUAAAAAAGCUAUGAUGAGUCGACUAUUAGAAGAAUGUAAAACUAAUCAAUCACAAAGUACCGAGGAAACUAUUAAUAUAUAUAAGGAAAUUCUCUAUGACUAUUUGGACAAUCAACGUGGGUCUACAGUUACUGACAAUGAAAUAUUUACUAAUGUUCCUCGUAAAUAUGAAGCCGAAUUUUUUGACGAUAUGAGAAAUUUAAAUGUCAUGGAACCUGAAACCUUAACUCGUGUCAGCGAGUAUGUACCCCAAAUUGUUACUUAUAUUGUAAAAAUAAUUUCCAAUGGAUAUGCUUACGAGUCCAAUCAGUCAGUCUACUUUGAUACGGCUAAAUUCAGUUCAUCAUCUAAACACAAUUAUGCUAAACUUUCACCUGAAUCUGUUGGUGAUAAUAAAGCACAAAGUGAAGGAGAAGGAGUUUUAUUUUCUGGUAUCCAGGAUAAAAGGCAUCCAAAUGAUUUCGCCCUAUGGAAAAAAUCAAAACCCGGUGAACCUUCAUGGGACAGCCCUUGGGGUAAGGGAAGACCUGGUUGGCAUAUUGAAUGUUCAGUUAUGGCAAGUGACACUCUUGGAAGUACUUUAGAUAUUCAUUCUGGUGGUUGUGAUCUAAAGUUUCCUCAUCACGAUAAUGAGAUGGCUCAAUCGGAAGCAUAUUAUGAUACUGGUGAUAAUUGGGUUAAUUAUUUCCUGCACACUGGCCAUUUAACUAUCUCUGGAUGUAAAAUGUCAAAGUCUUUAAAAAACUUCAUCACAAUCAACGAUGCAUUGAAAAAACACUCUUGGCGACAAUUAAGAUUAGCCUUUUUACUUCAUGCUUGGAAUGCUACCUUAGAUUAUGGAGAUACAACUAUGAGAGAGGCUUUGGCGUUCGAAAAGUCAUUAAAUAAAUUUCUUUGGUCAAUCAAAUGGACUUUGAUUAACUUGGAUUCAUCGGACAAGUUUUCAUCUAAAGAAACAAUUUUAUCGCAAAGACUUGAGGAAACCAAACAACGUGUUGAAAAUUUCAUAUGUGAUAAUUUCAAUACUGUAAAGUCACUUGAAUGUGUAAACAAUUUAAUCAGUGCAACUCGAGAUUAUUUGAAAGAUGAUCUUAGUCCAAAUAGGAAAAUUUUACUGGAUGUCACUCAUUAUAUAUUUGAUUUGAUGAAAGUUUUUGGUGCUUGGGAAAAAGAUACAAAAGCGGAAUUGACCUCAUCUUCAAUGGUUAUCGAAGAGGUAAUUUUACCUUUUAUCAGUGAGAUAGUUAAUUGACAAGAGAUGCGACAAAUUGGUUUGGAUAAAAAAGAAAACGAUAUUAUAGUAAAAUGUGACAAACUGAAAGAAAAUUUAGUCAAUCUUGGAAUCCAAUUCACGGAGGAAGAAAUUUCAGGAAAAAUGUCCACAACAAUUAAAGUUGCAGAUAGAGAGACUCUUCUAAAAGAGAUUGAAAAGAUGAAAAAAACAUUCGAUGAAAACCAAGAAGAAGCAGAAAAACUCGAAAAGGAAAGAAAGAAAAAAGAACUCGAAGAAGCUCAAAAGGCUAAAGAUGCUAAAAAAUCAAUACCACCGACACAAUUAUUCAUCAACCAAACAGAUAAAUAUUCAGCAUUUGAUGAGAAAGGUUUACCAACUCUUGACAUCGAAGGAAAGCCGAUCAGUAAAUCAGCGCUUAAGAAAUUGAUCAAAUUAUACGAACAACAAGAGAAAAAAUAUGAAGAAUAUCUCAAAAGUUCCAAAGGAAAUAUUAAAGUUUAAAACUAAAUCUCAAUUGAAAACUAAUAACUUAUAACAUUAAUCGAAUUAAUUGAGAAUUAAAACUUUUUUUUAUUCUUUUGAA